AUGCCUUGCCGUCUGUCCAUCAGCACCUUGUCGCUGGGCCAAAGCUAUGCAGGCCACUCGCUGGAGCAGCGGCUGGACCAGGCGUCACAACACGGCUACCAGGGCAUUGAGCUGUUCUACGAUGACCUGGAGUACAUCGCCCAGACUCUGCCUCUGGUACCUCCGUCGUCGUUUACGACAGCUGACUCGACCGAUAUCCCGACCACGAUUCUCAUGGCGGCUCCUACGACGGCGCCGACCGACAGCCAACUGGUGCGUGCGGCAGCCCUCGUGCGGGCCCUGUGCGCCGAGCGCCGCCUGGCGGUCAUCUGCCUGCAGCCCUUUCGCCACUUUGAAGGACUUGUCAGCCGAGACGCGCGUGCCCAUCGGCUGGCGCAGCUGCGUCUUUGGUGCCGCCUUGCCGGGAUUCUGCGGACGGACCUGAUUCUCAUUCCGUCCAACUUUUUGCCGGCCGGCCAGGUGACGGGCGAAUUCAAGUUUAUUGUGCAGGACCUGCGCGAGGCCGCCGAGAUUGCCGCCGCCGCUACGCCACCGGUGCGGCUCUGCUAUGAGGCUCUGGCAUGGGGCACGCACAUUGACACGUGGCAGGCCAGCUGGGAGGUCGCCCAGCAGGUCGACCGGCCCAACUUUGGGCUGUGCCUCGACACGUUCAACAUUGCCGCGCGCGUCUACGCAGACCCGGCUGUUUCCGGCGGUGUGCAGCCCGACGGUCCGCUACGGUUGUCAGAGUCCAUGAAAGAGCUCGCCGCCACCGUCAGCGUCGACCGUGUGUUUCUCGUGCAGAUCGCCGACGGCGCCCGGCUGGCUGCGCCGCUCGUGCCGGGCCAUCCGCUCUACGACGCAGAUUCGCCGGCGCGCAUGACGUGGUCGCGGCAGCACCGGUUGUUUUAUGGCGAAGACGACCGCAGCGGAUACCUGCCCGUCGACCAAGUGCUGGCCGCCAUUCUGGGCGACCUCGGCUAUCGCGGGUGGCUGAGCUUCGAACUCUUCAAUCGGCGGACAAGCGGCACAGACGCGAGCGUGCCGGCAGAAAUGGCGUGGUGA